AUGACGAGGUGGGCAGAAGAGAGACCGGGUAAGGGGCAGACGAAGACCCGACAACCCCAUGACCCGGGUCUAUAUGACGUCUUAUUAAGAAGCUGCAGAUCACCGGCGGCUGCAAGCACAUGUGCAGCGGCUUAUUAUAGAAACGCAAGGAGGGACAGCCUAAAAGGAGUUGCCGGCGGCUGCAAGGGCUCAUGUCGGCGGAGAGAUCGGGCUGGAGAUGGAUAUCAAGAUGGCCCUGGAUCGGGGAAGGGCAUGCCGGCAGCUCGGGUUCCUGGGGGUUGCGCCGCACGAAUGACACGGCAGGGGAUGGGUGUGCGAGAAGAGGGAUACGCUCACUCCUUUGUGCUUAUUGAGACGUUUAAAGCUGCCAGGCGUAGGGGUGUGUGA